UGUGUGUGUGUGUUAGUCACACACUCUAGCACAGGACUGAAGUGGGCAGAGCUGAUAGUAGGACACACUGUGUUUUCCAUUUCCACUUGAGAUAGGAAAGGUGAAUUUUCCCCUGAAAACAUCCAAAUUAAGACGUCGCUGCACUUCCGGUUGCACAAACCUGGGGAAAUUACUGGACAGAAAAGAAGACUACGUGGUGAAUGUUAUGCCUUCCGGACAGUAGCCUCUUUUUUAAGUAUUAAGUAAGCCUUAAAUAUUAAGGAAAGCACUUAAAGAUCAGCAUGGCUGAAGAGGAGCUCAUGUUCAGUAUGGAGGAGGUGGACAGUCUGAAAAGACCUUCUGUCAGCAGGACUGUGUCUUCUGGACCUGGCAGCUCGGUUGAUGAUGAUGAGGAUGACUUCUACAUCUGUCCCAUCACCGAUGACCCCAUCAGCCCCACAAAAGGCAUCUGUGAUUACCUCAGUGGCCUCGUCCACCAUAAACAACUCUCUAAUUCAUUACCCCAAACCUCUUACAGUUUCAAGAACAAAAACGAAACCGACCCAGAGGUGCAUUCUGUCAGGUUUGGGUCUUUAACUGAGAAAGGUCGGGCUGCUUGGAAACAUGCUAUUGAGAAAGCACGGGCUAUGCCGGACCCCUGGGCUGAGUUUCAUCUAGAAGAUGUUGAGACGGAGUCCUGCGUUCGAUACAGGUACAAUGCCAUUACUGGUGAAUGGGUGCAGGACCAAGUCUUCAUCAAGAUGUCUGCCCAGCCCUUUGGAAAAGGCGCCAUGAGAGAGUGUUUCCGAACAAAAAAGCUGUCAAACUUCUCCCAUAGCUUCAACUGGAAAUCAGCAUCGAACUACGUGGCUAAGCGGUACAUGGAGACCGUGGACAGAGAUGUUUAUUUUGAGGAUGUUCGGUUACAAAUGGAGGCCAAAUUAUGGGGUGAGGAGUAUAAUCGCCACAGGCCACCAAAGCAGGUUGACAUUAUGCAGAUGUGUGUUGUGGAAAUAUCUUCACGCCCAGGGAAACCGCUUUUCCACCUGGAGCAUUACAUCGAAGGCCAGUACAUCAAGUACAACUCGAACUCUGGCUUUGUGAGGGACGACAACAUACGUCUUACACCUCAGGCUUUCAGUCACUUUACGUUUGAGCGCUCAGGGCACCAGCUGAUAGUUGUGGACAUUCAGGGUGUUGGAGACCUCUACACAGACCCUCAGAUCCACACAGAGAAGGGCACUGACUUUGGUGAUGGAAAUUUGGGCGUACGGGGCAUGGCCCUGUUCUUCCACUCUCAUCUGUGUAACAAGAUCUGUAAGAGUAUGGGCCUCACACCUUUUGACCUGGCUCCUGCAGAAAGCGCUCAGCUGGACUACACCAACAAGCUUCUGCAGUCAGCCAAGACCGUACUCCGUGGAUCCGAGGAGCACUGUGGCUCUCCCAGGGUGCGGACUACGUCUCUCAGCCGUGGACCCCUUCUCCUCUCUCGUCUCUCGGAGACUUCUUCUGCUGACGAGAACAUGAGCGACGCAGACUCCGUUCCCUGUUCACCCCUGAGCCUGGGCGCCUUCGCAAGCCGCUCCCCUUUGGGUUGGUCAGGCAUGCAUGAAACAGAUGAUGUGGACAGAAACAACUGGAAUCGAAAGGACUCAGAGAGUGGAGGAGACAGCGGUUACCCAAGUGAAAAACGCAGCGAAGGAGACCCCGGAGAACACCAUGACAUGAGGGUUCGACCUUUGUACAACAGACAUUACUCUGAAUCGGAUGAAGACAGUGUCCGUCGGCUGACCGAGGAAAAAUGGAGUUUCUUCCAUUCGUCCCGUGCUCACGUUCACAGGCCGUCGUGUGUGGCAGUAGAGGUGGAGAGGCUGAAUUCGCAGUUUCUUGAAAGGAAAAUCGGCAAAUCCAUCCUGGGCAAGGUACAUCUAGCCAUGGUCCGAUACCACGAAGCAGGUCGGUUCUGUGAAAAAGAUGCCCCAUGGGACCAAGAUUCUGCUGUGUAUCACCUACAGAGGGCUGCUAUGUGCGGCGAAUUGGAGGCUGUUGUAGCACUUGGUCAGUUAUAUCUGCAGCUGCCACAUCACGUUCUACCUGAGAUUGAACUGCAGGACAAUGAAGAGAACAGAAAGAAAGGCUUCCAUCUGUUACUUCAGGCUGCUGAGGCUGGAGACAGACCCAGUAUGAUUUUAGUCGCCAGAGCAUUUGAUACAGGAGUCAACCUCCCGCCUAAUAGGACUCAGGACUGGGAGGAAGCGGUGCAGUGGUAUGAGAGUGCACUAAACAUGACCGAUUAUGAUGAGGGAGGAGAGUUUGACGGCAUGCAGGACGAACCACGCUAUCUCCUCCUAGCUCGUCUAGCCGAGAUGUACCAAGAGGGAAGUUUCGGCCUUGCUGCAAAUCCUCAGAGAGCGGGCGAGCUCUUCACUGAAGCAGCUGAUGCCGCCAUGGAGGCGAUGAAGGGCAGACUGGCUAAUCAGUACUACAUGAAAGCUGAGGAAGCUUGGUCUGCAAUGGAAGAGUAAAGGAAUUGAUUUUAACUUGCAGGACUGUUAACGUUGUGCAUUUCUGCGUGAAAUAUGUUUACAUGCUCUUUUACAGCAUCUCUCAGUGUGCUGUGCUAUCUGGUUUUAUAUGGGGGUGUCCUAAAGCAUGCGCACACAUGCCUUUGUGAACGUUUGGGUUCUCUUAUAAGCUGGUCAGUAGUUCAUACUACUGCAUACAGAAGUGAAAGGAAGUGGAAAAAUGUCUGCAUUUAAAGGUAUCGAGACUACAGGUUAGCAUCAUGUCUCUUAGCAAUGGCAGUGACAUCAUCACUUCAUGGUCUAAAAGUAUCAUACCUUGUAUGAUGAUGAUGAUGAUGAUGAUGAUAAUAAUAGUCAGAAGAUGAUUAAUCAGAACUAUAUACUGUAUACUCUGCAAAUCUGUGUGUAUUAGUUCUUUCAGUUUCAUAUUUGAUGAAUGCAUGUUUUGUGUGUCGUGAGUAUUGUGGUAUUUCACAAAGUACAAUUUCUUUACUAGGAACAUGACCUAAAUCCAAUUGUCUAGACUAUACAACCCUUUAUUUGUGUUAUUCAGCACACACACACAUUGGCCUGUGUGAUUUCGACAUAUCUGACAAAAUCAAAACGCCCCUUGGAAAGCACUAGCGACAAUGGAUAGAGGUAAAGUGAGUGAUGUAACUGUCUUUGCUAUAUUGCUGUCUCGUGGUCUGCCUUUCUUGAUUGUAAUACAUUUAAUUGAUCAAAAAACAAAACCGGUUUGGGUUCAUUUAGCUUGUUUUUAUCUACCUUUUACGCUGAAGACAAAUUUGUGAAUUUUGUUUACAAGAAUAAAAACUUGUACAAUAAAAAUACAAGUGUGAACAAGUUUGGUACAGAU